GGGAUGCGAGUGUUGAGAGAAGCGUUAAUGGGCAAAUGAUAAAGCUCUAUGGUGAAUGGCCGUCUUCUUUAACUAUAACAUGAACGGUUUAAAAGCUUUUGAGAUGAUGAAAUGACAGAUUUCAAUAGGACAUGACAAGGUAGCCGAAAGACGGAGAUACGAACGGAAUAAUAAUCGACAUCCGGUAUAUAUGAAGUAAACUUUUGAUGACACAGUCGGUUCUCGUGAUUGCAGUGUCCGUCAAAGUGUCAAGGUGAGACGUCUUAUUUAUUUUCGCUGGGAUCAUAAGGAGUUAUAAUUAAAAAAAAGAACUUGCAAAGACGCGGGCAUUACGCCUACCAGGAAAUGACGAUUUUUCAGUCAUAUGUUAUGUUAUUUGGUGAAGAUAUGGACGUUCUACGAUUCUUGGAUACUUAAAGAUACAGGGGAACCGUUUGGCCAUUCUUAAAAGAAGGUUCAAUCAAAAUCACGCUCGAGUUCUACAGGAAUUAACAUGGGUGUUCUCAGGAUUUGGGGGCUAAUGAAAAACGGCUUCAUGUAAUCCCCUUUUGAUGACUGCGGAAUUGUGUAUUAAUUGAACGACAAAUGUUCCUCGGUGUGGAUGGUUCCUUUCUCUAUAUGCAGGAAAUGAUACACCGUUAACCUCAAGAUUCGGUGGAGAUAAAUAUAUCGAUCAGGCAGUCUUCACAACAUCUACUUAUACAGAUCACCAAGAGGCAUCUGGUAUUCUGUCCAAACAAUGAUACAAUAACCAUAUCUACUGCUCGAGGAACAAGAAUCCAUGCAUCUGUAGCGGCAGAGUGAAAUAGAUUAGGCGCACCGGUUACAUUGCACGAGGGACUCAAGAUAUCCGUGCUGCAAUGGCAUGACAUACAUACAGGCUAUACCGCACGAGGAGCACGAAGAACAAACACGCUAUUGGUCUAUUCCAUGAGGACGUUGAAAUAUCCAUGUAUCUCGUGACGCUGAAAUAAACAUCUGAAGAUUUGCGAUGGACACAAUAUCCUCGUGCAACCCGGUACAGUGUUAAAAAGUGAGCGCAUUGCGAGGUUAUCUCAGUCCCGCCCCCUGGUGGUAGAUAAAGGAACAAACGAAGCAGUCUCCAGCCACUUCUAUCACAAUGUAUUGACCCAUACCUGCCCGGGAACGAGAUGUCUUCUUGUGCGCUUCCCAUGUGUGAUAGGCUCAGGACACUUCCCACACCCCUUAUGCAGACGACGCUUUACGGGCAGACGACAUCCGGUCUCCUUUUCCGUGAUAAUACCCCGAACUCGGUCACUUCACAACUGUUAACCGUUUCCUCCCAGGCAAAUUCCCGAUCACCAUGUGUCUGGUGUUGAGAACUCUUCGCUUGCUGUUGUUAUGGAUACUUUACCACCCCCCUUCCUACCCAUGGGGGUGCAGAGGUCAGAUGCCCCCAAAUGUGGUCAACUCGACCGUUCCAUGUCCGAAGAAAUGUGUGUGCACGGAGUCGAAUCCAGAGUCAAACCUCAUGGUGGUGUGUAUUGGCCAGAACCUGACUGCUGUGCCACCCAAUCUCAGCCGACACACUACCCAUUUAGACCUUGGGAUGAACAACAUCAGCCAUCUUCCAGAGACCAUCUUCCGGAAGCUGGAAUCCUUGAAAGAGCUGCGCCUUGCAAGCAAUCACCUCAAGAAGCUCCCCCGACGCCUCUUCCGUAACGUCCGCUACCUCCAGACGCUAUGGCUCCAGGGCAACAAGUUCAAGGUUGUGCCGCGCAGAGCGAUUCAGAGUCUGGAUCGUCUCAUGGAACUGAAGCUAGAGACGAACCAAAUCGAGGUUGUGCCCCCCGAUUCCUUUCGGAACAUGCGCAGUUUGAAAAAACUGUGGCUUGAUACCAACAACCUGAAGAGCAUACCAGUAGCAGCCCUCAGUCAUCUUCCGUCCCUCGCCGCCAUAAAUCUCAAUGAGAAUGAAAUAAAGAAGCUCCCAUCCCAUGCAUUCGCUAACAACACCAAGCUAAGUAUCCUACUGCUGGCUGACAACAUGAUCGAGGACGUCAGUGAUGACGCAUUUGUGGGACUCUCCGAUCUGAGGAUAUUGGACUUCCAGCGGAACAGAAUGAAGCACAUCCCUGUGGCCUUCAGGGCUCUCACUGCCCUGGAAGAACUCAACAUCGACGACAACCGGGUGGAAUAUCUACACGACUACAGCUUCAAGAGAAACCGGGAGAUGAAGAUGCUGCAGCUGAAGGGGAACCCUAUCACAGACGUCGGCACUCACGCCUUCAGUGAUCUCCCUCGACUCGGGAAGAUUACAUUGUCUGAGGCACGUGACAUGACGGAAUUUCCCGAACUGAACAACACCUCAAAUUUGGAGUUCCUUCGGUUUGACCGAGCAAGUAUCAAGGUCAUCCCCAACAACCUCUGUCCCAGACUGAGAAUACUGAAGAGUCUGGAUGUACACUCAAAUCGAGUUUCCGAGAUUCCGAAUCUUUCCAACUGCUCUCAUCUCCUCAGCCUUAAUCUUGGCAACAACGAGAUCACCAGUCUGCAGGGCAAACCGUUCCGUGGCCUCCGUCAGCUGACGGACCUUGUGUUGGUUCACAACUAUGUCACAUAUAUACCAGCCGAUGCGUUCACUGGCCUUCACCGCUUGCUGUACCUAGACCUGGCUUUCAACAGAAUCACAGAGAUCCACAUGGAGGCAUUUGUUCCCCUCAACUCCCUGGAGGACCUAAACGUGGGGGAGAAUCACAUCCCCGUGUUGCCGACGGAGGGACUGAGAAACCUGACGAAGCUGAAGACCUACCACAACACAGAGCUGAGAGAGUUCCCGCCCAAGGAGACAUUCCCCAAGAUCGAGCUUCUCAUCUUGUCAUACGCCUAUCACUGCUGUGACUUUCUUGAAACUGAGACUGAUCACAGCCAGGUGGAGCUGAAGGAGGACAUUGUGUGGCUGAAGACCGGGAACAUCAACAUGGGAGCCUGGGAUCCAACCGACGGCAACAGGACGUUUUGGAACAGCUUGCACAACAACAACAUCUACGUCGGCAACGACGACACCUUCGACGUCGGUCAAUACGGUGACUACGAUCCGUGGCCGUAUAACACUACGCUCAACGCCGAUACGUAUUUACAGAACUACAAAACUGAAGAAUUCGACCUCGACCUUGGACUAGCCAAGCCACCUAUCACGUGCAAACCAAAACCAGGUCCGUUCAUGCCCUGCGAUGACCUGUUUGGGUGGUGGUCACUGAGAUGCGGUGUGUGGUUCGUCUUCAUGCUGGCCGUGCUGGGCAAUGGCGUGGUCCUGUUUGUUUCUGUCACCAGCAGGUCCAAGAUGGACGUCCCGCGCUUUCUCAUCUGCAACUUGGCCUGCGCUGAUUUCUUCAUGGGAAUCUACCUCGGCUUCCUGGCCAUAGUGGACGCGUCGACUCUGGGUGAGUUCAAGAAGCACGCCAUCUGGUGGCAGUUGAGUCCCGGCUGCGUUAUAGCGGGGUUCCUGGGAGUUCUGUCAAGCGAACUGAGCGUCUUCACCUUGACGGUGAUCACCAUGGAGAGGUUCUACGCCAUCACCCACGCCAUGCAGCUCAACAAGCGGCUGUCCCUGCGACAUGCAAGUUACAUCAUGCUGGUUGGGUGGUGUUUCUCCAUCCUCAUCGCCAGCUUGCCCAUCUUCGGUAUCAGCGACUUCAGGAAGUUUGCCGUAUGUCUGCCUUUUGAGAUUAGCGGAGUCGUGUCUAAGGGGUAUGUCUGCUUCAUCAUGAUAUUCAACGGCAUCUCCUUCUUCAUCAUCCUGAGCUGUUACUUCAUCAUGUACCUCUCCAUCCGCGACUCCCAGGCCUGGAACUCUAACGACAUGCGAGUAGCGAAGAGGAUGGCCCUUCUCGUCUUCACCGACUUCGUGUGCUGGGCCCCCAUCGCCUUCCUCUCCUUGGCAGCAGCCUUCGGGAAAAACCUCAUCCAUCUAAACGAAGCAAAGGUCCUCACCAUCUUCAUCCUCCCACUCAACAGCUGUGCAAACCCCUUCCUGUACGCCAUCUUCACAAAACAGUUUAAGAAGGACUGCGUCUUGCUGUGCAGACGGCUGGAAGAUUCAUCCAUAGCCCGCCACUUCUCCAGAGUGAGCAACAGACAUGGGAGCUCCUGGGUGCCCUCGAGACGUCCGUCAGGGCUGAAUAGUCUGGUUCCUGGCGAGAAGCGGGGCAGCAAUAGUAACUCAAUGAGCAUCGGGAGUCAGUAUGGUGGCUUGAUCAACUACCACUCCGAGUCGAACAAUGUCAAGAGCGAGUCGGAAAGGAGCGAGUGUGAUAGCAAACAGAACAACACUAAGCCGUUUUUGGCAAAGGAUUGCCCCUAUUGCAAAAGUCGAAGCGUUAAGGGUCAUAAGACAAAAAGGAACAAUAAGAAAAAUGUUGAACAUAGGAAGCAUGGCUCCGGCCGGCCUGAUGCAGACUCCCACAUUAUUCUGCACCAAGAGUUUUGUUCCAAGGAGAAGAUGGAUGAUUUGAACUGCACCACUGAGUCCUAUCUGACGUAUGAUGAAGAUGAUAACCAUCACCGGGCGGUUUGGAUCAAGCAGUCGGGGACUGUGUGUGUUGAUGCGUCCUGUUCAUGCUAUGCUCAAAAAACCGUACCUCCACUCAAAGGGCAGAUAACUCUCCCAGUUGUCGCUUUUCAAGGUCAUCAAGAAAAAGUAAAUUUUCAUUCCCACCGAUCCAAAAGCCAGAAAAAGACACCCUGGACACAGAACAUCCCGUGUUGUAGUACCGAGUCGAGUCCUAUAGAUACAGACAAGCACUGUGACUAUGAUGCCGUUCUGAUGCCCGAAAACUCGAAUGGCUCGUCAGACAGGUGUGUGCAAUGCUGUAGUGGGAUGUCCACAAAUUCCCGAUCCAAAUCAGCGGGAGUGUGUGUGGAAAAGCUGACCCAGUCACAGUUUGACAUCCAACUCGUGAUAGAGGACGGGUCGCACAUGCGUAGUUCGUCUAAAAAGAGACGGAAAUCAGAGGAAGAAAAACAUGGCGAAGCUGUUGAGUCUAGUUUUGUUGAACUUAAAGGCAAACCGUCGUGUCUAGUAAUGGAACCGCCUGAUCAGCCUGGUGAUACUUUGUGUGUUAGGAAACGUAAGAAAGAAAAGAUUGACAAAAACGUGCAUCUAAGGUUUUUCACGCAGUCUCUUGCAGAACACGAUUUUAUUCAGUCUUCGGUGGGGCGGUCCAACAGUCUCGUUGAACUGACACAGCCGCAACUAACCGACUUGUACCGACCCCCAUGUAAGAGACUAAGCCUCACCCCCGGGCAGGAAGGAUAUAUGCUGCUAAAUAACACUAACAGAGACUCUGCUUUCGUGGACGACGAUGAUGAAUUCGACUUCUCGCACCGGAUUCUGGAGGGUUAUGCAGACGGUAGCUUUUUUGACCGGAAGUCCCGAAAGUACGAUUACGGUUUGGUGAAGCGCCGCCAAACGGCGGAUGACGCGGCUGAAGAAGAGGAGACAACCAAGUUAUUGUUUGAUUCGAGUGACAAAGUCAUAGGCAGCGAUGAGAGUGAGGCACUUAAAAGCUCUGUACAAAACAUGUCAAGUUUAAAGAGCUGUGAUAAAGAAAGCGGUUUCGUAUCGGAGCUUUAGACUGUAUUCCAGUUCUUUUACUGGUUGAAUCAUGAAUUAAAACCAUGAUGAUGAGACAAUAUACUUAGUGAUACAGGUAUAUACACCUGGCAAAAUGAGCACCCUCAGCGCUACGACUGUCGUAAUUCUAUGUUAAGGUAUAGGAGUCACGAUCACCAUAGCGCUAAGAUCGCUUUGUACAACGGCGCCCAGUUAGUUAUUAAAACUUUCCAAAUAAAAUAUAUAAAUAACA